AAACUCGCCACCAUCACCAUUACCAGCACUAUUACCAGCACCAUCGCCAUUAGUGCCAUUGCCAUUCUUCUUUCCUUUCUUCUUCUUCCUCCACUGCUUGUAUCAUACUCCUGUUCAACAUCUUGUGGAUGCAUACACAACCUCUCACGUCUCUUUUCCCAUUUUAUUUUUGUUAUUGUUAUUAUUAUCAUUAUUCUUUUAAGCAGCUCCUUCUAAUGUCCACCCAGGAAAAAUCGGUCCUCGCGAGCAGAGCCUCAUAUGUUUGCCGUGUCGCUGGCUGUGGCGAGACCUUCACAGUCCUGUUUGACUGGACAAGGCACGUCCGCAGACAUGCCUCCAUGAGACUCUCGAACCCUGUAGCCCCGGAAACGCAACAGAUCGUCGCACAAGCACAGGCACAAGCACUCGCCCAAAUACAGUCAAGGUCCGCCACACCCUCGCCGUUAACGCCUGCCAGUACCGCCUCCUCAAAAUCACCGCCUGCAACCCAUCCCAUGUUCAUAGCCAUGCCAGCAGCAGCGGAUCAGACUGCACACACACCUGCAAUACAGGCUAUGUUAUCAGUAUCGGAUAUCUCAGGAACAGCCUCGAUCUCUCAGCCCAGUUCACACCUUCUCACACCUCCAUCAUCCGUACUGCCCACAACUACCACACCCAAGACCACACAGACUACAAGGGCAGCAAAGACGGCCAUGAAGAAGGAACUCAAACGGAACAAAACAAAACCGCCGUCAACAGAACCAUCGCCUGUAACGGAAUCAGCACCCCAUAUCCCAACUACCUUGCCUGCCAUUGGGGUUCCCGAGCAGAUACCUGACUACUACGCAUCUCUGAAAACCCUGAACGGUGCUCAACCCACUAUCAUCAAACCCAACGUCGCUACUCCGGACAGUACAUCGGUAGAGAAUCCUACCAAGAUAAAGGCCACCGCAUCGAAAUCAAAACCAAAAAAAGCAUCAAGAAAGCCGGCAGCAACAGCAUUUUCAAGAACAUCUACGCCGAUUUCAUCUUCCUCAGCACACUCUGGUCCCUCAACUCCAACGCCCUCCCCUCUCCAGCAUUCUCAGGGUCAAAAGAGGAAGUAUAGGACUGAUUCGGAUAUUGAGGAGCUCACAGACACCGACAUGGACAUGGAUAUGGACAUGGAUAUACGCACAGACAUGGAGAUCGAGGUAGAUAUCGAAGGUUUAACGAGCGACGAUCAAAAGAACGACGUUUCAAGCAAGCAAGAAAGGCAGGCGGUAAUAACCGACGACGACGACGACAACGACGGUGAUGAUGAUGAUGAUGAUGUUAGUAAUGAUAGCGACGAUCGCAAGCCCGUAACGGAUCUUGGGGGCGAAGUCGCCCAGAUCAACGACCUCCUAGCCCAGAUCAUAUCUCUAGGUCCGUACCUGGAGUGUACUGUCAGAACAUGUCGGAUGGCCUUUGUUCAUGAGAGCGACCUGAAAAAUCACGCCCAAAUAAGCCAUCAUCACCGCAAGAGAGGUCCACAAUCCGCAGAAUCGUCAUCGUCGUCUUUACCUUCCAAAGCAGCAACACAGCAGCAGCAGCAGCAGCAGCAGCCCAAUCAGAGACGGACAAGGAUGAUGUCGAAAGAAGAAGAGGAUAGAUCGGACAGCAACCCUUUCAUAAAGACGGAGGAGCUAGAACAAAUGAUCAAGACCAAGAGCAAGGGUAGGAUCUUAACUAAAGCUAAGAACGAGGCACAAUCCAAAGAUAAGAGCAAAGGCAGGGACAAAAACAAGAGGAAUGACAGCGACAACAAUAGAGACAAAGGCAAAGGCAAGGGCACGACCAGGAGCAGGAUCAGUGCCAAGGACAAGACCAGGAACAAGAACAAAGACAAAGAGGAGGAGGAGGAGCUCGAGGAGGAGGAUGACUUUAAGCCCAUGUUAUUGGGAAAGUUCUUCACGAGAUAGACGCGCACGUAUACCCUUUACUUCCAUCGUAAUAAAGCGCGCAGUGCUCUCUUAACAGUAA